AUGAUUCGUUACAGCGCCAUCUUGGUCUCGGUACAGGGGCGGCCCGGAUUAUCCCGCCCGGCCCACCAAUCCGAGCCACGCCGAUGGCAGCUUGGGUCAGCAGCUAUCAACGGUACGACCAGCUUCGUACCACCUACGAGCUUCAUACCACCUACGACAAACUUCGUACCGCCUAAACUUCGCACCACCUACGACAAAGUUCGCACCACCUACGACAAAACUUCCUACUACCACCCACGACGCUCAACGCUCCGUCCCAUCCAUGUCUACGUAAUAGUAGCUUGCGAGCAUCUUGCAUCCUGCACCUCAACUAGACCGCCUGGCAACGUCGGAGCGAGACAUCCAUCGACCAUGGGCCGUGACAAGGAAAAGCCCACGUCGACGCCCCAGCUCGUCUACUCCUCCUCGCCGGCCGCACAAGCAGCCGCUCCCGACGUGCGGAUCCUUCACUACAACGACGUCUAUCAUGUCGACCACGCCAGCGCCGAGCCCGUCGGCGGCAUCGCCCGCUUCAUGACCGUCGUCAAGGAGUACCAGGAAGGCGGUCGCUUUGCCGGCCAGCCAAAGGCCUUGACCCUCUUCUCCGGCGACGCCUUCAACCCGAGCCUCGAGAGCAGCGUCACCAAGGGCCGCCACAUGGUCCCCGUUCUCAACGCCAUCGGCACCGACUGCGCCUGCGUCGGGAACCAUGAUCUCGACUUUGGCGUCAAGCAGUUCGGCCAUCUCGCCCAGCAGUGCUCCUUCCCCUGGCUCCUCGCCAACGUCCUCGAUCCCGCCCUCGGCGAGGACGUGCCCCUCGGCAACGCCAAGCGGACGCACAUGCUGACCACGUCCAACGGCGUCCGCGUCGGCCUCAUCGGGCUCGGCGAACGCGAGUGGCUCGAAACCAUCAACAGCCUGCCGCCGAACCUCAUCUACAAGUCGGCCACCGCCACCGCCGCCGAGCUCGUUCCCAAGUUGCGCGAGCAGGGUGCCGAGAUUGUCAUCUGCCUCAGCCACAUGCGCGAGCCCAACGACGACAAGCUCGCGCGGCAGACGAACGGCAUCAUGGACGUCAUCCUCGGCGGCCACGACCACUACUACAGCCACAGCUUCAUCAACGGCACCCACGUCCUCCGCUCCGGCUCCGACUUCAAGCAGCUGAGCUACCUCGAGGCCCGUCGCCGGCCCGAGGACCCGACGCGCUGGCAUUUCGACAUCUGGCGCCGCGACGUCACCUCGGACGUGCCGGAGCACGCGCCGGCCCUGCGCCUCGUCGACGAGCUCACGUCGAAGCUGCAAAAGUCGCUGUCGCGCCCCAUCGGUUGGACGGCCACGCCCCUCGAUGCCCGCUUCAGCACCGUCCGCAUCCAGGAAUCCAACGUCGGCAACUUUGUCUGCGACGUGAUGCGCCAGUACCACAAGGCCGACUGCACCAUCAUGGCCGCCGGCACCAUCCGCGGCGACCAGAUCUACCCUCCGGGCGCCGUUCGCGUCAAGGACAUCACCAGCUGCUUCCCCUUCGAGGACCCCGUCGUGCUGCUGAGGGCCACGGGGCAGGCCAUCCGGGAUGCCAUCGAGAACGGCGUGUCGCUGUACCCGGCCCUCGAAGGCAGGUUUCCUCAGGUGUCCAACAUUCGCUUCGAGUUCGAUCCGAGGAGGCCGAGCGGGAAGCGGGUCUUGUCCUUGUCCAUCGGCGGCAAGCCGUACGAGGCCGAGAGAAAGUAUCUCCUGGCGACGAGGGGGUACAUGGGCCGCGGAAAGGACGGCUUCACGAGUUUGCUGGUGAAAUCCGCCGGCGGCGAAGUGGAGGAGCUCGUCGACGAGGAGAACGGAAUCCUCAUCUCGGCCAUGCUGCGGCAGUACUUCAUGGCCCUGCGGACGCUCGGCCAGUGGAAGAAAAUUUCGGCCCACUGGGUCGGCGUCGCCGAGGAAGCCGACGUUCCCCUGUCCCCGACGGCGGGACGCGACGGCGACGAGGCUGGCGACGAGAAAAGCCGCACGCUCGGCCUGCAUAAGCCCCCGCGAAGCCCGCACGAAGCCAGCGGGGCCACAUGGCGCGGCUUCCUGCGACAGCGGUUGGGCUUUGGCAAGAAGCCGCUGAACGAGAACGACGACGAUGACGACGACGAUGACGACGACGACCGCCUUGACCCGCAAAAGGACGCCGGCGCCGUCAGCGAGGACCGAAUGGACGUCGAGGUGCUGCUGAUGAGGAAGUUUUGGUCGCGCUGGGCGCGCAAGGCGGGCGUCAAGUCGUGCGUCUGUGAUCCGCUCAAGGAGGGCGAGUGCACGGUCGACUGGACGAGGGUCAUUGCGCCUUGCCUGGAGGGGAGAAUCAAAAUGGUGGCAUCAUAG